GCACAAAGUCGGUGAACUCAAAGCAUAUGUCACAGCAUGACUUGGACCUAUUGAGAUCGGGUGAUGACGUAGGCCGAGGCUGAAUAACCGGAGCGUUCGUCUCGGGGCGGAAGCGCCAGCGCGCGCGCCUCCCCAUAAUAAUCUGUCUGAGCGUCGUCGCUGUCUGUUCAGCACCGCUCACUGCCAGUCCAACAGAGCGGAGAGGACAGACGGCUGAACAGAGUCCUCUGCGGAACCUUCAGAGGAUUUUAUCACUGAAACUUGGACUUCAACUUUUUGUUUUUCCUAUCAGAGGACUUGGUUGUCUCGUUUUUAUUUUUGUUUUUUCUGCUGAAAGAUUGUUGAUUUGUUGGUUUAUGGAAGAAGACCGACCAAGUGAUUACUGGACGACUUACUGUGAUUUUUCACUGCGGAUUUCCCCAUUAAAUUAUAUUUUCUAUCACUGUGAACUGAUGGAAAGCGUGUUGAAUUAAUUUAGUAAGUUGCUGCAAAAAGUUUAUCUUACAGGCGGAUUAAGUGGAGAUAUUUGAGGUUUUCCUUUAUUUCCUUCUUUUUCUUUUUCUAAAAGGACUUGUGUACCGGGAUGCAAGCUUUAGUGGUUGGUUUGUUGUAUCUGGUUAGCGGACGCGCGGUGCGCAGCCAAGAAGCCACAGGUAGCCGCUUCGUGUGUAACGCGAUCCCUCCGGGCGCAGAGCCCGGCUGCGGGUAUGGCCCCACCGGGAACCGCAUUCAGAGCAGCAGCCCUGUGGAGGACGAGCUGCGCAGCACCAUCCUCCAGCUCCGGGAAACCAUCCUGCAGCAGAAGGAGACCAUCGUGAGCCAACAGGGAACCAUUAAGGAGCUCAACUCCAAGCUGGCGCGCUGCGAGGCGGCAGCCGACGAGGUGGGUAAGACCCGGGGUCAGGGCUCCAGGCGGAAGGAGUACGGCAAGAACACCAUGGGGGACCUGCCCCGGGACCCCAGCGAGACCAUUGACCAACUGGGCAAGACGAUGCAGAGCCUCAAGGGCCGUCUGGAGAACUUGGAGCAGAGUCUGCGUCUACCCAGCAGCUCCAACAUGUCAGCCGGAGGAGUCUCGGCCCUGACUCCUCUGCCACCGGAGCUCCGCGAUUUGCUGCGGCAGCGUCUGGGGGCACUUGAGACGCAGCUCCUCCGGAAGGUGGCUGAGCUGGAGGAGGAGAAGAGCCAGCUCUACAACGAGACGGCGGCCCACCGCCAACGCACCGAGAGUGCUCUCAAUUCCCUCAUGGAGAGGAUCACGGAGCUCGAGAAAAGUAAUAAUGCCUUUAAAUCACCAGAGGACUUCAAGGUGUCCCUCCCCCUGCGCACUAACUAUCUGUAUGGACGCAUCAAGAAGAGUCUCCCAGAGAUGUACGCCUUCACCGUCUGCAUGUGGCUUAAGUCCAGCGCCAGUCCAGGAAUAGGAACCCCGUUCUCUUAUGGCGUACCGGGCCAGGCCAAUGAGAUUGUACUCAUUGAAUGGGGAAACAACCCAAUUGAGCUCCUAGUCAAUGACAAGGUGGCCCAGCUGCCUCUGGCUGUGAGUGACGGGCGCUGGCACCACAUCUGCAUUACCUGGACGACCAGAGAUGGCUUCUGGGAGGCUUACCAGGACGGUGAGCGUCUCGGCACUGGAGACAACCUGGCCCCCUGGCACCCAAUUAAACCUGGAGGGGUGAUCAUCCUGGGCCAGGAACAGGAUAUCGUCGGAGGCCGUUUUGAUGCCACCCAAGCCUUCGUGGGCGAGCUCAGCCAGUUCAACAUGUGGGACAGAGUACUGCGACCUGUGGACAUUGUGGGUCUGGCUAAUUGCUCAGCCUACAUGCCCGGAAAUGUUGUUCCUUGGAUUGAUGCAAAUGUGGAAGUAUUUGGGGGUGCCAGUAAGGCUGCUUUGGAGAUCUGUGAAGACCGGGCGUUUGAUUCCUAGGGGGAUUUCAUCUAAAAGAAUCAAGAGCUGAGCGUUCUGAACUGUUGCUUCAUUUGAAUCUUAAAGGCAAAGGUAGCAGCGCACUAAGACUUGGUGUUUUUUGGAUUUACAAAUUCUAGCAACCAGUUUGAACCCUGAGGAUUUCCCAGGAGACUUCAAAUCAUCAGAGGAAGAAUGAUGUUCCAUUUGUCUGCCGUCGUCUCGUGUUUCUUUUUCUGUCAGCAGCUCACCUGUCACUGGACACCUCUUUGAAAGUGUUUCUUAUUGGUUGCAUUCCUUAUUUUGACAGUGCCGCAGUGUAAUCCUUGUUAGCGUGAGCUCAAAAAGGCUUUCAUGUGUAGAAAAUGACGGUCGAGCGUUGCAUUCUGGGAGCUCCUCUGCCGUUUGAAGCGCAGCAGCACGCAGAGGAAGGCGUGCGGGAAGACUAGGCGAAGUUUGCAGUGGACACUGGCAGGCCUCGCUGCUGAUCAUCUCAAGCCAUCCAGAUGUGGCAGGUUGUUUAAAUAUUAUGCAUGAGCUUGAGCAGUGAACUGACGUGCCAGUGCAUGCUUCUGUCAUCAAAACGAGCCAAUGCAGCGUGCAGAUAACAUUGCAUAAGACCGUGUGUGCGUUUCUGUGGUGGUGGCUUGUGUUGCGUGUGCAAAAACUGGCGAUUAUAAGGGAGGGAGGGCUUUUUUAUUUUUUUCAUUCUUGUAAAUCUAUGUCUAAUACCCCAUUGCCCCUUGAGCAGCUGCCACAUCCCAAACAGCUGUGUGAAUGGGCUGGCUCUGCUCAGGUUAAUAGCAGUGUCGGACAGCUGCCCAGUGCUGCUGAGUCCACGCCAGCUGAACUCUCAGCGAGGGCGGGGGCUGGUUCUGACCCUCAAGGACAAACACUAAUUCCUCUUGUGAGUUGUAAUUAUUCAUGAUUAUGAAUGAGUGUUGGCAAUGAGCAGUUCUGGUCUUCUGGUGUUUCUCCAAGUGUCAUUACUAAUAAAACAUAUUGAGGCGCAAAGUCAGGAGAGAGAGGCACUCUGGACAAACUGAAUGUUGAAGAUGAAGUUGGGUCUUAGAGGAAUUAUUCAGGUCUUUUGAAGUGGUUUUCUGUGGAAAGAUGAACAACUAUUAUCUACUGGUUAGCUCUUUAAAGGAUCUUGCAAAACCUCUCAAGAUAAAACGGGACUUUGGAGGAAAGAAACGUGUCGAAGGAGGAGCAUGCAGCACCAUACUGCCACUUUCGGAAUGGCUAAGCUUCACAUUCAACAGGCAGCAGCACGCUCAUUUAUCCUCCAUAUUGGACCACGGCAAUCCAAUGUUUGUCCCAAAUUUAUGAAAGGAGAUGUCUCAGUGUGCUUCCAAGCAGACCAGAGCUCUUUUAACCCUCUGGAGGCAGGCGUUGCAGAUUUGUAACAAUUAAAACCUACUGUACCUACCUGGUUACUCUCCAUAAGUAUUUCAUGAGCAUUUUUAACUCAGAAGUAUCCCUGAAGGACUCAGUUGUUCGUCCUUUUAUCAAAACUUAUUUUGAACGUGAGAGGGUUAAGGGCCAAGUUCACAGAAAAACCGUUUUCUUUUUGUGAUAUUUUUAAAACACGAUUAAUCGCCGAGUUUAACAUGAAAAUUGUCUUUUAGCCCUUCUCAGGGCGGCCAACUUAAGAACUUUUCCAUGCGUGGGGAGGGGGAGACCAUUUUGCCUGGGUGCGUGCAAACUGUAUUGCCUCCAUCUGUGGCCCAAAAGAGCUGUGUGUCUCAUGUUCAAUGCAUGAGAGUUGGCAGCCCUGCCCCCACUUCCUGCAUUAACCACGGAUAGAAAAUAGACAGGAAAACACUCGGAUUAGAAAAGCCAGUCAGAUCUACAUCUCACUGAAAAUGACCAUUCAUGGACUCACCCGUCUUGGCUCAUGACGAGGAAGGCUGUUGUUGGUUUAGCUUCUAGGAGACACCAGAGCACGUCUUGCCUGGUAGAAGCUAACCGUUAGCAUUAGCAACUCUACAACAUUGCAGAACUCCUUCAGGGUUGUGUUAUAUGUGGAGCUACAACAUCAACGUUGCAGAGCAAACAGAGUCAGUGGUAGAGUCGUAUUGCUGUUAGCCAAUCAGAGGAGAGAUGUCCAAAUAUCAGGAAGUAAGGCUCCAGAUCCUGCCAUCUUCAUCUCACCUCUCUGGAUAACUUCUACUUCCUGAAACAGGAGCACAAGAGCUUUCUUCCCACAACGAUUGACGCAUAAGAAAUACAUUUUUUACUAGCGAGUGCUGCAAAUGUGUUGAAAAAAUUAAGUUGAUCUUUAAUACACCACACGUGGCAGAGGUAUCUGAUAAGAUUGUUUUAGAGCCAUUGGGCACAUCCAUAAAACUGACAGAGGGGGAGACUCAAGUUCAAUAUCAGCAUAAUUAUUUUGCCUGGUGAACUGGGACUUCCUCAAACCACACUGAAACCCCUUCUCUAUAUAAAAGUACCUGCAUGGUCAUGUUAUUUGGACAAAAGAUGAGCUACACUGCUCCUCUUGCAAAUAUGACUGAUCUGACAGUGAUUCUUCUCCAAGGUUUAAAGCUAAGUGCUCUAGUUUCAGGUGUCUUCUGGCAAGGAUUUAAUAUUACGUUAAAGUGGAGGUUUACUGAGAAACAUUUAGUAAUUCAAUUCAAUUCAAAAAUACUUUAUUAAUCCCAGAGGGAAAUUCAGCUGUUUCAGUACACACAAUUCUAAGAUCAGACAUACAUACAUAGACACAUGACAAGAAUUGGUGACUGUGGUCAUUCGCAACACGAGUCGUGCUACCGUUAUAGAUCAAGAGGGUUUAUAUGAGGAUAGAGUCAGGGGGAGGGGAAAAAAGGCACUUCAGAGUUACCCCCGACAGAGGGCAGCUUUGCUAUGCAAAAAAUAAAAAAAACACCUCAGACAAAUAUGCACACAGACUUCAGACAUUACAUAACAUAAAUGUCCACUAGGUGGGGGGUGGGGGGUAGUGUUGGGACUCUCCUCACUUCAGAGCAUGCAGCCGCAAUAGCAGUGCUAAUCACCUCCGUUUGGAGAGGGGAGGGAGAUAAUGGGUUUAGAGAGCAUAAUGAGUCCUAGAUACGGUUCCACGGCCUUCAACAGCCACAGUCCCGCCCAGGCUGGGAUGGGCAGAAAGGGUUUCCAUAGCGACGGCAGCAUUCCACAUUUCUUCUGAGGGGGGAAUUUUCACUUCAGCCUCACAGGCUUCAAGGGCACCAGAUUCAGAUAGUAAGAAUUGUUUUGGGUACAGACAGAGAUCAUUUCCUAAUUUCCUCUCCACCUUAAGAGUUUUGUCGGUCGUCAACCCAUGUAGGUCCAAUAAUGUCGUUAUCAAUCUCUACCGAUCCGUGCUGAUCCAUCAACUCUCUCCUUGAUCGAAUCAACCUUCUGUGCCAGAGCCUGAAUCUAAGCCAAAGUUCCAAGCCUACGACUCAUCUCGACAAUUAUAUGAGUCUGUGAGUUCACAGCGCAAUGCAUUCCAUCCCUGAGCUCCGGGAUUAAGCCGACUUUCCUCGAAAGCUCAUUAAUAUUCCGGUAUGCCAGGUAACCACUCAGGCCAAACAGCAGGAAUCCCGACACCAAAACUACGAAUAUCCAAAAAUCUUCAGCCUCCUCCACAGACAGUUGAGAAAUGCAUAUCAGGUUCCACUGUUUCCAGGAGUCCAUGAUAUACCCAGCUGGCUCUGUCCCAGAGGGGCAUCCGGGAGCCCCUUCUCCCAUUCUCAUCGAGAGACCAACUGACCAGAUCCAUGUUUAAUAAUUUCCAGUUUCCACAAAAAAUGCAGAGAAGCGCAGUGCACAGGCAGACACAGGACAUAUAGCCUUGGGAAGAGCAGGAGAGGAGAAGAGAAAAAAGCGUCUGUACUCUCCAAGAGCCGGAAGCCGAAUGGCUUUCUUGAAAUAACUUGGGUCCCUCUGAGCUUAACUAGCAGCCUGAAGGUGAAACAUGUAGGUGUAAGAUGCAGCUACACCUAUUUCUUGCAUUAGCCACCAACAGGAAAUAGACAGUGUCAGGAAAAGCCAGAUCUAUGUCAGACUGUAAAUUAGCAUUCAUGGAGCCACCCACCUUGGCUUGUGACUGCAGAUUUAGCAGCCAGGGGUGCAUCUUGGCUAAUAAAAGCUAACUGUAAGCAAUAGCAACUUCACAACAUGCCAAAACUCCUUCAGGCUCGUCUUAUUUGUGGAGGUAAAACCUCAAUGUUACAAAGCGACUAGAGGCAGUGGAAGAAUUGCGUUGCUGUUAGCCAAUCAGAGGCGAUACGUUUGCAUAUCACAAAUAUUAAUAAGUAAGACACUACAUCCUGUUGUUUUCUGUCCCCCACUCCUCCGACUAACUUUAACUCCUUUAAACAGGGGCGCCAGAGCUUUUCUUCCACAGAAAUGACACACCAGGCACUCAUGCAUGCCAUAGACCACAGAAAAGUUAUUGAAAUACCAAGUGUAUGUCUACUUUAAGUAUUAUCAUGAAAUGUGAAACUAAUUUUGAGGAUUGGUCUUAAGAAACCAACAAUACAGAGCUAAAGUCACGCCCCUCACAGCCUGAAAAUAAAUGGGAGUCUUUGGAGUGCUAAAAAGUUUUUUUCUGAUUAAAGACAGUUUGUUGCUAAUAAAGGGCUUAUUUUCAACAGGCGGCAAAAGUUACCUCAGAUUUUGAGUGAAAACAUGUAGAUGACUCCAACUGUUUGUUUCAACAAAUUGAUGUCAGUCUCUCUCACACACACACACACACACACACACACACACACACACACACACACACACACACACACACACACACACACACACACACACACACACACUUUUUCCAAAGUCAAGUUUUGACCCCUGCACUUUUUACCGUCCAAAAACAACAUUACACUAUAUUAAAUAGACACUGGUUGAGCACUACGACCAAGCGGAAAACAAUUGUUUGUGUUGAAGCCUGUGUCCCAUUAGAACAUACUGUAAAGACACCCCCCCCCCCCCCCCGGGGUAAGGAGUGAGCACCACCUCACCCCUGCCACAUGGACUUCAUGGGAUAAACCAUCAACCAUUCUCAAGGGUCACCUUUGCUGGAGGGGUCACCCAAUAGGACAGUGAGAGGGUUCAAUUCAAUACAAAUUCAAAAAUACUUUAUUGAUCCCAGAGGGAAAUUGAGGAGGAAGUUAAAAGUUUUUAUAAGCUAAAUCCCUAAUUGAGUGACAGACAUGGUUGAAACACACUUAAUUAUUUUUCAUUUAACUAUGAUUUCUAUCGCUUUUGUUGUUUAUUUGAGCUGACCAAAAGGGGAGGAGACUUGGACUCCCUAUCAACUGUGGUUAGACUAGUCUUUAGCUUAUCAAUCCUAUCCAAACGUAUAUCUAGCUUCUAUCCAAACUGAGGCCAUUAAAAGAGCCAUUUACAACGUGUUCAUAACCUUCCUACAGAAUGUCAGUUUAGAAGAUCUGAACAAUUAAGAUAAAAACUUAUGAUCCACUGAUAUAUUUUUUUAAUAAAUGGAGUGUGCCUGGUGUAUUUAGGCCCUGAUGCUGAAUAGAACUGAUGAUUUAUCAGCUUAACCGAAGAGUUUCUUGUUGAUGCUGUAGAGAUUUGAGCUUUUUUUUUUUGUUUUUAAUGCUUGUUUUGAUUUCAAACCAGUUCCAAAUGUAAUUUAUGUUUUCUGCUUGGACUUCAGUGUAGGCGUUUAUUUACUUUGGUUUACAUUAAGGACUUAGAAGCAGCUUUUGAUGCAGUAGCUAACUGGACAGCAAUGAAUGUUGAAAAUGAUUAUAUUAAAGGAUUUGUCAACAUGUGAUUGUUCCUCUAAAAAUGUCUCAAAGAAUGUUUUACUGUAAAGUCCGGAGGUUUGCUUUUUUUAGAAAGUGUAUUUUUCUUGCUUCUGCUUAUGAUUUAUUUUUUGUUUUUGAUGCCCAUUAGAAGCCCAUCAUGAAAAAAAAGCAGGAAUUCAAAAAAUGUUUAUCAGGUGAAUGGCCUUUUGUGAGAACCAUACGUGCUUUUUUCCUGCUCGUAAACUGUCGAAACUUUCUCUCAGCUUUUGUAGCACAGCUUUCUGGCACUGUAGUGAUACCAGACACAAAUGACGGAUUUUACAUGUGCAGAUUAACUUUUGCACCUUUCUGCCAUUAAAACGGAUGUGUUUUUGCACCCAAUUAAAAAAGUGACACAGGGCUGUUGCACCCAGUGCUGUAGCUUGGUGACAUAACAGGAUAACCUCACGGCUGUUUUACCAGUUGAAGCAUGCUUUAAUAAAUCAUCAUUCCACUGCAUUAUGUCAGAGAAGCGUUUAAACCAACCAAAGUCGUGCAUCAUCCUUCAUGAUUCAUUUCAAAUAGGAAAACUUUGCUUUGACCCGUUUCACCCAAACGUGGGCCACAGGUAAGGCCAGAAUGUGACAUGGUUGUAUCUAAUUAGCAUUUUUAGUUGUUGAAUUGGUUGCUUUUGAAACUGCAAAUAAACCAUGACCUUUGCAUAACAUUCAUGCAAAUGUUAAACAUUGCUUUUGUUGCAAUUUAGACCAAAGUUUGCACUUUAUUACGUUAUUCGCAGUUUAGUCAUGCUUAGGGGGUCAGACUCUACUUUUUAUUUCAAGCUGAUGGAAGCAUUUUGUAAACCCUUCCCGAAGUUGUCUCACUUUUUUGACUCAAGGAAACUAAACUGAGAAAAAAUAGUGUGAAAACAUUUUAAAAUGUUCUGAAUUCUUGAAAUGUGAAAGUGAGGCCUUUCAACAUACAGAAGGAAACUAGAAACCUUUUAGGACAAUGUGUUGGAAAUGUUGUCCACAACCAACAAUCAUAGUGAACACGACUUCUGCAGAAACCUUCCUGCAAAGUGUCUUUUGUCCACGUCUGCAGUAAUAAAGAUUCCCCGUGUUUGCCUAGUCUGGAGCAAUUUCAUUUGUAGGACCAGCCGUAAAACUCAUGGUGAGCGUGUGCCCUCUCAUCUGGACAAUGAAAGGCUGUCAACAGCGGAGAAAUCCUCUGAACUGGCCGACAUCCAUGUGGAAAUAAAAAGAGAGAGAGAGAAAAAAGAGAGAAAAUCUGCCCAUGUGGA